AUGUCCGCUCAACAGAAGCAGGCUCCUACGCAGCCUCAGCGCAAGGAGUACACGCGCGAGGAGAUCGCCCAGCACAACAAGGCCGGCGAUCUCUGGGUCGUCAUCGACGCCGAGGUCUACAACGUCUCCAAGUUCGCCGAGCUCCACCCGGGAGGAGAGAACGUCUUCCACGACGAGGAGGUCGCUGGUCAGGACGCCACCGAGACCUUCUUCGGUCUGCACCGACGCGAGAUCCUCGCCAAGCCGCAGUACCAGCGUCUCAUCAUCGGCAAUGUCAAGGGCGAGCAGUCCAAGCUCAAGCCCGAUCCUCUGGGCUCGCCUUCCCGCGUGCCUUACGCAGAGCCCACCUGGUUGGCUACCGCCUACCACUCGCCCUACUUCAACGACUCGCACCGUCACCUCCAGCGCGAGUGGCGCAAGUUUGUCGACGAGGAGGUCGUCGAGAUCGCCCAGCGUUGCGAGGACAAUGGCAAGCGACCCGAUGUCGAGCUCGUCAAGAAGAUGGGUGCUAACGGCAUCAACGCGAUGCGCAUGGGCCCCGGUAAGCACCUUCACGGCCGCAAGCUCUUCGCUGGCAUCAAGGGUGAAGAGUUUGACUACUUCCACGAGUUGAUCCUCACCCAGGAGCUGGUUCGUAUCGGCGCCCGUGGCUUCGGUGACGGUCUCCAGGGCGGUAUGGUCAUUGGUCUUCCCCCCGUCAUGAACUUCGGUUCCGACGAGCUCAAGAAGGAGAUCGUCGAACCCGUUCUCGCCGGUGACAAGUUCAUCUGCCUUGCCAUCUCCGAGGCUUUCGCUGGUUCGGACGUCAUGGGUCUCCGCACCACCGCUACGCUCACCGAGGACGGCGAGCACUACAUUGUCAACGGCACCAAGAAGUGGAUCACCAACGGUACCUUUGCCGACUACUUCUCCACCGCUGUCAAGACCGACCAGGGUUUCGCGAUGAUCUGCGUGCCCCGUUCGUGCGGUAACGUCGAGACCAAGCAGAUCAAGACGUCGUACUCCACCACGGCCGGAACCGCCUAUGUGACGUUUGACAACGUCAAGGUGCCCAAGAAGUACCUCAUCGGCGAGGACGGCAUGGGCAUCUACUACAUCUUGUCCAACUUUAACCACGAGCGAUGGGUCAUGUGCUGUUCGACGAUCCGAGCGGCGCGUGCGGUGUGCGAGGAGUGCAUGCUGUGGAUCCACCAGCGCAAGGUCUUCGGCAAACCUUUGACCAGUCAGCCGGUCAUCCGUCAGAAGAUGGCCCAGAUGAUCUCGCUCGUCGAGGCGGCUCAGAACUGGCUGGAGAACGUGACGUAUCAGAUGUGCAAGAUGUCGUACGCCCAACAGUCCAAGUUCCUCGCCGGCCAGGUGGGUCUGCUCAAGAGCUGGUCCACUCGUGUCUCGCACGAGGUCGCCGACGGUGCCGUCCAGAUCUUCGGCGGUCGUGGUCUCACCAAGACCGGCAUGGGCAAGUUCACCGAGAUGUUCCACAGGACGUACAAGUUCGAUGCCGUCCUCGGUGGAAGUGAGGAGGUGCUCGCCGAUUUGGGUAUCCGACAGGCACUCAGGAUGAUGCCUGAGAACGCGCGUCUGUAA